ACGAAUGAGAUGUAAUUCUAGGUCAUACAUUUGGUCUCAAAUAUAGACGGUUGAUUUAAACACGGUAUAUGGUGGGUAUGUGCAAAUUAGAAAUCUUGUUGGUUGACUUUCGUUUCAAGAUGCACGCAAGAGAAUAAUUUGGAGGCGCGUCAUACUCUGACCUCUUUCCGGAAAUCGAAAUCGAUGAGACGAUAAACUGAAUGAAUGAUGACAAAUUAGUAAACAAAAAUUCGUCACGAGAUCGAACUCGGCACAUUACAUGAUGUAGGAAUGAGUUGAUCAAGCAACACACCACAUUGUAACCAAUCCUCUACCAAGUACUAUUGGACUAUUGUGACAAACACAGUUAAAUCUCCGACGAUGUAAUUAAAGAAUAUACGGUAAACCAAAGUAUGAGUUUUUGUGCAUAACCCAAAAUUAUGUAGUCCUGUUAUAAGAUAUCACACCCUAAAUUAUACGAAACUUUAUAACUAUGAUACGAUAUGUAUGAUUAUGCACACGAUUUGGUCCCGAAAACCAAACAUCGCAAAAUAGUUGUUUUGUAAAAUUUGUUUCUUUGUUUGAUAUUUUCUCGAACAAAUCGAAGGUUGAGAGAGAGAGAGAGAGUGAAGGGGAAACCAUUAAUUUCUCACACGCCUCUCCCCCUAAAAUCCUCCCGACCAACGCUUCUCCUCCCAACCUCUUUUUACUCCCCAACUUAAACACCUCUUCCACUUUUGUCCUCUUUCUCCCUCACUCUUUCCUAUAUGAUCAAAUAGCACCUUUGGUGCUCGAAUUCCAUACCCAUUAUCAAAGUCAUCCCUAAAAUGUGAAUUGUUUGGGACCUUAUGAUGUCCUGUAAAUGAUGUUUGUUCUACCGAAUCAUAAAUUUUGCACUACCUCGUUUGUUAGGUUGCUCAUAAAUGAAAUCAAAUAUCGAUUAAGUUAGCUGUUUUGAUUCAAUUUUUCAACAAGAAAAUUAAUUCAAUUUGCACAGAAAAGAACCUAUAAAUCUCAAUUCGGGUUAAUCUGAGCUUUGAUCGAUCCAUCGAACACCACCCUCUUAAACAUCAACAAGAUCUAAAAAGUUUAACACGAACAAUCAUAACCAAUCCACUUCUUUGUAGCAAUACUAAAGUUCAGUGACUAAUUUGUUUGUGGCAACAAAAAAGAGUGAUCAACUCCGUAAUCGCUACUCUUCUUUUCGACUAUAUAUUGGUAGUCCCCACACGCCUUCCCUUCUUUAAAGCCGCCUCGACAAUUCAAUUCAAUUCAAUUCAAUUAAAAUCCCCAAAUAAAAAACAAACACUACUCUCUCUCUUCCUCUGUUUUCCUCUGUUUUCGAUCGCCGAUCUCCCUUUCUCCAAUUCGGAGAAGGAAAGAGGGAAUUCAGAAGGAAGCAGCAACAACAACAGCUUCGCGUCAAUGUCUGCGGGAUCGGCCGCGGCGGACGGGUUCUUCCGCAACUGGGUCUUCGAAGGCUCGCUGUCGGGGGUCGACCACGGGAUCGAGCGCCGGCCGUACCACCGCAACUGCAGGUGCGCGCUCCACGACAAGUCCCGAGACGGCGGCGUUGGUGGCGGAGGCGGAGGCUGCGGGAACUGCAAGAACACCGUCUCGUAUAAGAUCCGCCGGUCCUGGAGCGAGGGGUCUCUGGCCCUCGCCGGCGCCGGAGCCUCCCCUUCGUGUUCGUCGAAUUCGUCCCCUCACGCGGGUGGAUCGGGGUACGGCCCUCCUCCGCCGUCGCCGUCGUUGCAGUCGCUCGCGCGGAGUUUGAGCAGGGAUGAUCUGGCUUCCGCCGGGAACAGUUGAAAGAAGGAAGGAAGGUGGAGAUCUGCCGUCUCCGGCCAGCUGGAAGAAUCUUCUUUAGAAGGAAAUAUAAAAGAGAAAAAAGGGAAAACAGAGAGAGAAGUUACAUUUUGGUGCUUGUUUUUUCUCUUCGUUCCCAAUCCAGUGCAUAAUCUUUAUGUAGUAGGGAAAUAAUGCAUAAAUCUGUAUAUGCUCUGUUUCUCUGUUCUGGACUUCUGUCUUCUGGCCUUAGUCGGUUUUUUUGUGCGGUAAUAAUUAGUGUGUAAAUUAGGUGUGGUAACUGUGUUCGUUCAUUGUUAAUAUCAAUACAUAGAACUCCUUAUCGUCUCUACUACAUCAUCAUAUUGUUCCUUAUCCGAAUUUCGUAUGCUCGAAUCGACACGAUUUUUUGAUUGUUUGACGUGAAUCAGUAUCGUGCGAAAUUAGUUUCUUCAUCAUUUACCGUAUUGGGGAUUUGUUUUCUCUUCCGGUGAUUUCUAGGGAGUGAUUCCAUUUUUUCAGUACUUCAUUGUUAAUUCCGUGGGUAAAAGGUAGAAACCCAAACGGUAAUUCGAUGAAACCAAGAUGAGGGUUGGAUUUUGUUACCCCCAUAUUUCUUCUUUGUUUGGACGGGAGGAAAAUUUUGCAUGCAUGGAGAUGGAAUGGAGUAAACCAACAUUUCUUUCUUGGCCCAAAAAAUUUCCGGGAAAAUUGAGUUGGUGGGUUGGAAAGGGAGAGAAAAUUUGGGAGAUGGGAUCGGACGAGACGUGAGAGAUCAUUAUUCAUUAACAUGGGGGCAACAAGCACAUGAUGAUUUAAUUAAUUUGUGUUGGUGUGUUAAUUAAUGGUAGAUUAGUUGUUUAAUUUUUGGAUUAAGGGGAAAAGGGUAGUCCACUAGCUAGCGCCAGGCUAUCCAGCUGCCUUGUAGCGUAUUCUACGUGUUGGUGGUCGGCUGCCUACUUUCCUUUCCCCGUUUUGAAGAGAAAUCUUUUAGCCAGAUUUGGGUGUAGUCUCACUUGUGAGCUUGGUGGACUCGUAUUAAGUUUGAUGGACACUAAUACAUAAUGAUUUUUUUAAAUUUGUAUUGCCGGUAUGGUAUUUGAAUUGUUUUGUUUCAGUUCUAUUUUUUUAGGUGAGAAAAAUAGUAGCUAGCAAAUAGUUCUUGCUUUCCUAUAGAAAAUUAACAAAUAACGAUGGGGAAAAUUUAAAAAAAGCAAAGCUUGAAAGAUGCAUGUGCUUGUUUUUAUUUAAAAUAAGGGUAAGGAAGAGUCAAAAGGAAAAGAAGGCAGUCCAACCGUAAACCAUAUUUUGGUAAUUUGAUUGUAUCUAAUCAUAUUUUAAUUCAAAACAAAACAAAACUAAAAGAAAAUAAAAUAAAAGGGAGGACAGAACAGAUCAGUUCUCACAGGUGGGCCGUGGGCCUCAUGGGGGGAAUAAACUAACUAGAAAAGGGUCAUGAAGAGUUCCAUUGUUAAUGGACCCAUCAUCACCUUUCUUCUCAAAAUAAUAUCCCACCUCACAGUUGGAAGUUGUAACAUAAAUAAAAAUUAUUCAAACUCUCAACUAACAAGUAAUAACUAAUUCAUAAAUGAAAAGAGGAGGGAAAAAAAUGAAAUUUUGGGUUGGGAAUAACUCGACUCGCAUCAUACCAAAUCGUUGAAUCGAAAAUUAGAUUGGACAGAUAAGAAAUUGUCGUUAAAUAUAAAGCAACGGGGACUAGAUUUGGAUCCGGAUAGGACCACGUCGAAACAAACGUGCUUUUGGUUCAGUUUUGAUCCUAAUUUUUCAUUUGCAUGUGAUACAAAUUGCAAUGUUAUUCCAAUUUGGUCCGGUUGCAGACUGAGUCCAUCAAUGUUCAUCCAAAAAAAAAGUUAAUUUGUGUGUGGAAUUUAGUAAACUUUAUCAUUAAUUCUUUUGGACGGUUUCAGGCUAAUUUUGGCAAGGAAACAUUCAAGAGUAAAGUCUCAAACAAACAUGGCAGGCAUUA